UAUAGUCUAACCAUACGUCAAACAGACAUGACUUUAUUGUUUUAAGUGAUUUACUUUUUACAAAGAAAAAUAUUAGUAUUAAAUGCCAUUUAAUCUUUUAAAAUGUACUUUUGGAAAAUGCGUGCUUUAUCAAAGAUAUGUGGUGGUUAUUUUUAUGCAACUGGCUCUUUUAAAUUCCUAUCAUUUGAUGAUGGUGCUCAAUGUCGCAAUCACAGAAAUGGUGGCUGAAAGAAACCAUACAUCCAAAGUAAAUGAAUGUCCACAAUACACAUACGAGAGAAUAGAAGAAGUUGAAGGCGGUACUUUCCCGUGGGACAAUGAAAUGGAGGCCAUAAUUCUUUACGCGUUUUAUAUCAGCUCUACUAUCAGUCAAAUUCCCGGUGGUUGGUUGGCUGACAAGAUAGGCGGUAGACACGUAAUGGGUACCUGUUUAUUGAUAUCAUCGUGUGUCACCAUUGUUUUUCCAACUGCACUUCAAUAUGGCGGAUCUACCGCCGCUAUUACACUGAGGAUGGUCUUGGGUUUUGCACAAGGGCCUGUCCUUCCCACAAUAGCAACGUUCAUCCAGUGCUGGAUUCCAAAAUACCAGAGAGCCUUUUUGGGCGGGGUAGCUUAUGGCGGCUACAAUUUGGGUGCAGUGACUGGCUCCUUAUUUACCGGUAUGAUGAUCAAGAGGAGCGGCAGCUGGACGCUACCCUUUUACGUUUGGGGUUCUUUGUCGUUAGUGUUUUGCACUUUUUUUUAUUUAUUUGUAUUUUCGCGACCUAGUACGCAUCCUUUCAUCACAGAAGAAGAGCUGAAGUAUUUGGAGACAGAAGUGGAGCAAAGAAAAAGCUUUAACGUACCUUGGUGGAAGCUUUGUACAAGUCGACCGGUUUGGGCACUUCUGGCCGCUAUGUACGCCCACAAUUUAAUUUUCUUUACGUUGUUAACCAAUCUACCCAAAUACCUCAAAGAAAUUUUGAAGAUGAACGUACAAGCUAACGCUGUUGGAACAGGGAUACCAUUCUUAGGUCUCUGGAUAUCAGUCGUGGUCUCCGCCUACGUAACAGACUGGCUUAUCAACCGUAACUUGGUUUCAGUUCCAGUAGCUAGGAAAGUAAAUACUACGAUAUCGUCCAUACUUCCAGCGUUUCUGCCACUGGUAGCAGUUUACGUAGGUUGCAACAGACCAGCGGCCGUUGCAUUAUAUACUUCAGCGAUUACGUUCUUGGGACCGUUUACUUCUGGGAUGCAAAUCAAUGUGAACGAAGUCAGUAUACAUUAUGGAGGCACCAUUAUGGCCAUCGCGAAUGGCCUAAGUUCGACUGCCGGUAUAUUAGGACCCUACAUGGUAGGAGCUUUGACUGAAGAAGAAUCUUUCGCCUCCUGGAAAAAAUGCUUCUGGGUGAUAUUUGCUGUAGCUGUUGUCGCGUCCGCAAUUUAUAUUAUAUUGGCCGAAUUCGAACGACAGAGCUGGGAUUUCUUGGAUGACGAAUAAUUUUUUUGGCCGACAUUUCUAAUAUAAAUACAUACUAUUCAAUUUAUUGUAUUUUACAGUCUAAGUACAUAAUAAUAUAUGAAGUCUCCUUUAAUAUUUUUUAAUUGAUUUAAUAAUGAUAC